AUGGCAGCCAUGGCUGCACUUCAGAGCUCCAUGACCUCUCUUUCUCUCUCCUCUAACUCCUUCCUGGGCCAACGACUCUUACCCCCUACUCUUUACCCUGUCCCGGCUAAUUUAACAGCGAAGCCUUGCCUCAUUGUAGUGAAGCUCAAGCGAUGGGAGCGGAAGGAAUGCAAGCCAAACAGCCUUCCUGUUUUACACAAAAUGCAUGUUAAGGUUGGAGAUACGGUGAAAGUCAUAUCUGGGCAUGAAAAGGGUAAAACUGGAGAGAUAACAAAGAUCUAUAAGCACAACAGCACUGUGAUAGUUAAAGACAUAAACUUGAAGACGAAGCAUAUGAAGAGCAGGGAAGAGGGUGAACCAGGACAGAUUAUUAAGGUCGAAGGAGCCAUCCACAGCUCGAAUGUGAUGCUUUACUCAAAAGAAAAGGAUGUAGCAAGUCGAGUGGGUCAUAAGAUUCUGGAAAAUGGACAACGAGUUCGCUACCUCAUAAAAACUGGUGAAAUAGUAGAUAAUGUAGAGAACUGGAAGAAACUGAAGGAAGAAAAAAGGAAAACUGAAGUAGCUGCCACUUCUGCAUAA